CAAUGCCGAGAAGUCAGAAUUCAACGAGGACCAGGCGGCCUGCUGUCAGAUCUCCAUCCGGAGGAGAAAGCCGGGCCUGGAGGAAGAUGAGGAAUGGCUGAUCCUGUGCUCCACGCAGUUUCUGACUGGUUACUACUGGGCACUAUUUGAUGGCCACGGUGGCCCGGAAGCUGCCAUCAUCGCUUCCAACUAUUUGCACUACUGCAUCAAGCAGAAGCUGGAGGAGGUUGUGGGAGGCAUCACAGAGGCGCGUCCCCCCAUGAAUCUGAGCGGACACUGUGUUUGUGACAGCGACCCCCAGUUCGUGGAGGAGAAGCACAUCCACGCCAAAGACCUGGUGGUGGGAGCCCUGGAGAACGCCUUCCAGGAAUGCGAUGAAGUCAUUGGCCAGGAGAUGGAAGCUACGAACCAGAUGGGAGGCUGCACUGCUCUGGCUGCCCUUUAUUUUCAGGGAAAGCUGUAUGUGGCUAACGCUGGGGACAGCAGGGCGAUUCUUGUUCUGAAGGACAACGUUGUGCCCAUGAGCUGCGAGUUCACACCCGAGACAGAGAGGCAGCGAAUCCAGCACUUGGCUUUUCUUUUCCCCAAGCUCCUGGACGGUGAGUUCACGCGCUUUGAGUUUCCACGGAGGCUGAAGGGAGAUGAUGUGGGCCGGAAAGUCCUGUACCGGGAUUACUUCAUGGAGGGCUGGGGAUACAAGAUGGUGGAGAAAGCCGACCUCAAGUAUCCUCUUGUCCAUGGUCAUGGGAAGCAGGCUCGCUUGCUGGGGACUCUGGCUGUCUCUCGAGGUCUGGGGGAUCAUCAGCUCAAAGUCAUCGACACCAACAUUGAAGUCAAACCUUUCCUCUCCUGCAUUCCCAAGGUGAAUGUAUUUGACUUUGCUCUGCAUGACAUUAAGGAAGACGACGUCCUCAUCAUGGCAACUGAUGGCCUUUGGGAUGUUCUGUGCAACAAAGAGGUGGCCCAUAUGGUCAGGAGCUUCCUUGCAGAAAACAGGACAGAUCCUCACAGAUUCUCAGAACUGGCCAAGUGCUUGGUAUGCAGAGCAAGGGGAAAGGAGAGAGGCCACCAGUGGAUGCUGGAUGACAGCCACGAGGCAUCCUACGAUGACAUCUCUGUAUUUGUCAUCCCACUACACAACAGAGAUGAGGACUGACUGUUAGCAUGACACACAGGAUCUGUGUCCCCCUACUGUGGUGCUAUUUAGCAUCAACCCAAGACAGAGAUUUCUGCUGUGCAUGUACGCUCUCUUCCAGCAAAACCAUCUGCAGUGGAACCUGAAAAUGCACAGCCAGCACUUAUGUAGAAGGUCAACAAGAACAUUAGCUCCUUAAGAACGUGCAAGAGAGGAACAGUGGGCAACAAAUCAUUCCCCUUACUCCUUUCUCUUUGUUGGGCCAAAGAGAAAUCGCAAAGGGGGCCACACAAGCUGAAGGGUACUAUUGCUAAGAUUUU